AUGGGUAACGUGCCCAGUACAGUAAAGCACUGUCUGAACUCACCACAACUGUUACAGGAGGAUUACCCAUGGCUGAGGAGCUGGCUGCAGCAUGACAAGGAGAAAAGUACUGCACAAGGAUUUCCUGAACAUGUGAAAAUUGUGGAGGUGGGUCCGAGAGAUGGACUUCAAAACGAAAAGGAAAUUGUUCCUACUGAGAUUAAAAUCAAGUUUAUAGACAUGCUUUCCGAAACAGGGCUGUCUGUGAUUGAGGCUACAAGCUUUGUCUCUUCAAAAUGGGUUCCACAGAUGGCAGAUCACACGGAUGUACUGAAGGGAAUCCAGAGAGCACCUCAUGUCCGGUACCCAGUUUUAACACCAAACUUACAGGGAUUUCAUGAUGCUGUUGAUGCUGGUGCCACUGAAGUAGCAGUAUUUGGCUCACCAUCUGAAAGCUUCAGCAGGAAAAAUAUAAAUUGCUCUAUUGAGGAAAGCAUGGUGAGAUUUGAGGAAGUCAUUAACAGCGCUUUGGAGAAGCAUGUUCCAGUUCGGGGAUAUGUGUCUUGUGUUCUUGGUUGCCCACAUGAAGGAUAUAUGGAUCCUAUAAAAGUUGCAGAAGUUGCGAGGCGACUGUAUGAACUGGGCUGCUAUGAAAUAUCUCUUGGGGAUACCAUUGGCGUGGGCACUCCAGGCUCCAUGUCCAAAAUGCUCCAGAGUGUGAUCAAAGAGGUGCCUCCUCGAGCAUUAGCCGUCCACUGCCAUGACACUUACGGACAAGCUCUGGCCAACAUCCUCACUGCGCUGCAGAUGGGGGUGAGCGUGGUGGACUCAGCCGUUGCUGGUCUGGGAGGUUGCCCCUACGCUCAGGGUUCAUCUGGAAAUGUUUCAACAGAGGAUGUUCUCUACAUGCUCCACGGCAUGGGCAUUGGGACUGGGGUGAGUCUUCCUAAGGUGGUCGAGGCUGGAGAAUUCAUUUGCACUGCUUUACAUCGCCAGACAAACUCAAAGGUCGCCCAGGCUCAGAGCAGGACAUUGUAA